AUGGCGGCUGCCAGUCCCAUAGACCAACUCGCCAGCCAGGUUGAGGGUCUAUCCCUCGACUCUGUCGCAAAGGCCUACCCCACUGCUCGCCCCAACGUCAACCCUCUUGACCUGUGGAGGGCUCACAUUGCCAACGUCCUCGCAAAGAUUACCUCCAUCGACACCUCCAUCAUUUUCCCCGUCAUCGCCUGGACUCAGACCCUCGACAAGGGUGACUUUAUCCUGCCCGUCCCGGCCCUGCGCAUCAAGGGUGCCAAACCUGAUGCUCUCGCCGAGGAGUGGGCCUCCAAGACCUUUCUCUCCUUCUUCAUCAGGGGUGCUCCUGCUGCCAAGAGCGUCGUCAAGAUGAUCCGUGAGAAGGGCGCCGAUUUCGGCAAGGCUAGCUUCGACGGACUCAGGGACCCCAAUGACCCCAGCAAAGGCCAGAAGCGCAUUAUCGUCGAAUUUUCUUCCCCCAACGUAGCCAAGCCCUUCCACGCCGGCCACCUCCGGUCCACCAUUAUCGGUGGCUUCCUCGCCAACCUGUAUCAGUCUGCAGGAUGGGAUGUCAUCAGAAUCAACUACCUCGGUGACUGGGGCAAGCAGUACGGUCUGCUGGCCCUUGCUUUCCAGCUGUACGGAGAUGAGGCCGAACUCAAGAGGGACCCCAUCGACCACCUCUUCAAGCUCUACGUGCGCAUCAACAGCGAGCUUUCCGAGGAGCAGAAGAAGAUUGAGGAGGAGAAGGCCCAGGGCAAGGAUGUCACCGAGCUCGAGGCCAACAGCCUUGACGAGCAAGCCCGCGGCUACUUCAAGAAAAUGGUCGACGGCGAUGAGGCUGCUCUCUCCCAGUGGAAGCACUUCCGUGACCUGAGCAUUGAGAGGUACAAAGGGACGUAUGCCCGCCUCAACAUCCACUUUGACGAGUACAGCGGUGAGAGCCAGGUCACUGAGGAAGCCAUGGCCAAGAACGCCAGCGCCAUGACGGAGCGCGGCAUUACCGAGGAUGACAAGGGCGCCGUCAUCGUCGACUUCACCAAGCAGGUCCCCGGAAAGGAGGGGAAGCAGCUGGGCAAGACUGUGCUCCGCAAGCGCGACGGCACAGCCCUGUACCUGACGCGAGACGUCAGUGAGCUCCUGGGUCGCUACGAAAAAUACGGCUUCGACAAGAUGUUCUACGUCGUCGCCAGCCAGCAGGAGCUACACCUAAAGCAGCUCUUCAAGAUUACCGAGCUCCUCGGCCACAAGGAGACGGCCCAGAAGUGCCAGCACAUCACGUUCGGCAUGGUCCAGGGCAUGAGCACCCGCCGCGGAACCGUCAAGUUCCUCAACGACAUUCUCCGCGACGUCGGCGACCACAUGCACGAGGUCAUGAGGAAGAACACCGAAAAGUACGCUCAGAUCGAGGACCCGGACAAGGUUGCCGACAUCCUGGGCAUCAGCAGCGUAAUGGUCCAGGACAUGACGGGCAAGCGUAUCAACAACUACACCUUCAACAUGGACGCCAUGACGUCGUUUGAGGGCGACACGGGCCCCUACCUGCAGUACGCUCACUCGCGACUCUGCUCCAUCAGGAGGAGGGCCGACCUGUCGGACGCGGACCUCGACUCGGCCGACCUGUCGCUGCUCACCGAGGAGCACGCCAUCAACGUGGUUCGCCUCCUGUCCCAGUGGCCCGACGUCUUCCAGAACACGCUUAAGACGCUCGAGCCCACCACGGUCCUGACCUACCUCUUCCGCAUGACCCACGCCGUCAGCAGCAGCUACGACCACCUCCAGGUCAUCGGCAGUGAGCCCGAACUCAAGAAGGCCCGCAUGGCCCUGUACGACGCCUCCCGCACCGUCCUGCACAAUGCCAUGACUCUACUGGGUCUCAGCCCCGUAGAACGCAUGUAA